AUGCCUUCUCUCAGGACUCUCAGCAAGAUUGCGCUCGGUGGUGCGCAAGUCAUCCUCGGCAAUGGAGGACGCGUUAUGGGCGAGUAUACCCAGACUUGCCCCAAUGCUCAAUUGAGCUGCCACAACACCACCGUUGUGGAGAACCUCUGUUGCUUCAACGCACCAGGUGGACAGAUCCUCCAGACGCAGUUCUGGGAUGCUUCUCCUGCUACCGGACCAGAGGAUAGCUGGACAAUCCAUGGUCUAUGGCCUGACCGCUGUGACGGCACCUACGACGCAAACUGCGACUCGUCGCGCGCCUACUCCAACAUCAGCGCCAUCCUCAACUCCUUCGGCGCAACCGACCUCCUCUCAUACAUGUCCACCUACUGGAAGGACUACCAAGGCGACGACGAGUCCUUCUGGUACCACGAGUGGGCCAAGCACGGCACUUGCAUCUCCACACUAGAACCCGAGUGCUACAACGACCACAAAGCAACAGAGGAAGUUGUCGACUUCUUCCAAAAGACCGUCGACCUCUUCAAAACGCUACCAAGUUACGAGUGGUUGGCCGCAGCUGGUAUCACACCCAGCACAACAAAGACAUACACUUUCGCCGCCAUUCAAAGCGCCAUCCAGGCCAAGAGGCCCGGUGUCGAGGUAACGCUAGGCUGCAAGUCUGGUGCGCUCAACGAGAUCUGGUACCACUACGAUGUUCGUGGCAGUGUACAGACUGGCGAGUUUGUUGCUUCGGACCCUGAUGGUACCAAGUCUACCUGCCCUCAGACAGGAAUCAAGUACAUUCCCAAGAAUGCAAGCUCGUCUCCUCCCUCUACCACUACGACCGUUGGAGGACCUGCGCCGACAUCUACUGCUGCGCCUGGAACACCUUUCAGUGGUAAGGGUAACCUCAAUGUCAUUGUCAACGGAGUCAAGAAGGGAUGCAUCAUCAGCAAGGGUACUUGGUACACGACCGGAACAUGUGCAACUUUCACAGCUACCGAUGUGGACAACGGCUUCACCCUGUCGAGCUCCAAGGGCAAGUGCGCAGUCGUUGCUGGAGCGCUAUCUUGCGAUGGCUCUGCAAGCGCGACUGCUUUUACCAACACUGACGGAAAAUUGGCUGCUGGCGGUAACGCGCUCUGGUCCGCGGACAAGGUUGCGUCUGGCAGCACACAGCAAACUGUGUACGCUGGUGGAGACCACUCUGCCACGUUUGCUAUUACCUGGCAGUCGGCGUGA